AUGGCUGUUACUGUUGCGGGACCGACGAAGAAGUGGGCGGAUGGGCCGUUUCCAUUGAUUAAGACCCCUUUUGUGGACGGUGAUCGCAAAGACGACUACGUCCUCGCCGCAACCCAAAUGUCCCUCGUCCACAACGUCAUAAUCCGCGGCCUCAACGCAAUCUACCUACAAGCACCGCACGUCCUCCCCGCCGACACCGCCGACUUCAUCGGCUACGCCCACGCCUGGUCCGACUUCCUGCACAUCCACCACGCCGGCGAAGAAGCCGCGUUCUUUCCCACGAUCGAGCAACUUACCGGCGUACCGGGCAUCAUGGACGGCAACAUCCAGCAGCACGAAGCCUUCAGCGCCGGCCUCAAGGCCUACGACGAAUACAUGGGCACAGCCACACCCGAGUCCUUCUCGGGCGCGCGCCUCGUCGAGAUCAUUGACAGCUUCGGCCAGGUUCUUGGGCAGCACCUGGACGACGAGAUCCCGACCAUCCUGGCGCUCGCGCAGCAUCGCGAUAAGAUGGACAUCUCGAAGGUGCUGGAGGACGAGGCGAAGCAUAGUAUGAGUAAGUUGGGCUUCAAGACGACCGUUCCGUAUUUAAUCACGGCAUUGGAUGUCACGUUUGAGGAGGGUUUGCAUAGGGAUUUUCCGCCGGCGCCUGGCUUGAUAAAGGCUGUGGCGAGGGCGUUGGCGCCGAGGUUUAAUAAGGGCUAUUGGAGGUUUGCGCCGUGCGCGAAGGAUGGGUCGCCGAAGGAUAUGUUGGCGGCACCGGAGAAGUAA